CGGACAACCCAAAACAAGCUAGACGUCAUAAGUAAUAUUUGUUGAUAUCGCCCGAAUUCCCCCAAAAUAAUGGCAGCAGACUCACCCAAGAGGUCAUCGAAGUAUCAUCAGAAUGUCGUGCGACCACAACCUUUCAGUGAUAAGACAGUUAUGGAGAGUGUGGUGGAUUUCAUCUCAGAUGUAGUUCCACAGGCAUACAGUGGACAUCAAAAACAGUUUGAAGACAAAGAAAAAAUCCAGUGGGUACGCUUUGAGUCAUCGGAUAUCAAUGAUAUAUGUAACAAUCCUGACCUGACUGUAGGAGAGAACAAAGGAAUUCCUCUAUUGUUAAUACUAGGCUAUAGUAAUGGAGUACAGAUAUGGAAUGUUCUACCGAGUGGAGAGGCUUUAGAAGUCUUAUCCUUACGACAAGGACCAGUCAAAAUUGCUCGAGUACUGCCCACACCUGUUCCAGUAAAAGGCGACGCUGAUCUGUUUCACACCCACAGACCCCUCAUGGCCCUCUGUGAUACUUCAAGUGCUGGCCAGCCUUACUGCUCAGUUAAAAUUGUGUCGCUUAAAACUGGUGAUGAGGUGCAUUCCCUGAAUUUUCCCAGCAUUCCAGUUCUCAACAUUGAGUGCAAUAAAAGGGUGUUAGUCAUCAUUUUCCAAGAGAAGAUAUGUAUAUUUGAUGCAUGCACCUUUAAACAAAGAUUUUGGGUGACAAGUUGCUUCCCCUGCCCAGGACCUGACCACAAUCCUAUAGCCUUGGGCAUCAGGUGGCUUGCUUACGCAGACAAACGGUUGGUGCCAAUGCAUCAGUCGUGUGGUGGCAUGUCUGGAGACGGAGCUCAGUCCUACGCUGCUACAGUCAUCAGUGCAGCUAAGGGUGCGUUUAAAGGUCUGACCAUGUUUGGUGAGGCGAUGGUGAACAGUGUAACCGGAUGUAAACCACAGCAAGUGAAGAAGAUCGAGCAGAGCUGUCAAGAUGUUAAUGGCUUCCAUCCUGGAAUAGUCUCAAUUAUAGAUCUACAGACGAUCUCCUCAGAACAUUUUUGUGUUGGUGAGGAGAGUGAGGGAGAUGGACUUAUAGCACACUUUCAUGCUCAUGCAAAUGAACCAGUGGCCAAAAUGGCAUUUGAUAGUUCAGGGACAUUGUUGCUGACAGCAUGUAAAUUAGGCCACAACUUUCAUGUGUUCCGUGUAAUGGCACAUCCGUGUAGUUCAUCAUUGGGAGCGGUUCACCACCUCUACACGCUCCACAGAGGAGAGACAACGGCAAAGGUAGUGGAUAUAAGCUUCAGUCAAGAUAGUCGCUGGAUCACACUAUGUACUCAUAGAGGGACCACUCAUGUAUUCCCCAUCACACCCUAUGGAGGUGCAGUAUCCAAGAGAACUCACUGUUCUUCGCGUGUUGUUAACAGAGCUAGUCGAUUUCAUAAGAGUGCAGGCUUAGAUGAGAUCCAGCAAGCAGGAGGUCGUAGUAGUCCCGUGUUGUCUGCUAGUCCCAGCAGCUCUUCAGGUCACUUUGAGAGCUACCCAAGUCUGAUGAGACAGAAUGUGAUGAGCAACAACACUGGGAAUCCUCGUCUACCGCCUUACCCUCACCCUACAACACUGUACGCUCUAGCUCAGAUCAAACAGCCCCUUCUCCUCACCAACACUAUGGCAGGAAUGAAGAACCAAAGUCCUUCCCACUCUCCCCUGGGAACAGACAAUGUAUUGAGUGUGUGUUCACAUUUUUCUACACCGAGACUGUGGGUCGGGGGUAGUUCCAGUGUCACUACAGACAGACGAGAGGGUAAGCGUGCUGCAGACUCCCUGUUUGUAAUGUGUCAAACUGGUACGCUGGUGGAAUAUGUAUUGGAGCCCCGCCCCAAAGCCCUGGUAGACAAGGGCUCUGAGGAGACACCCCUUGAGCUGCUAGCAACAGGAUAUAUACAGUGGAACCUUCAGCGACCAAAAACAUCAGAGGACAUCAGACUACCACUAGCAACCAAUAACCCACUUAUACAGGCCACUGAGGCGGUUACAACCCAACAACCAACAACCCUACCAGAUGUGUAUACUGGUGACCUUGACCCUGUGACCAGGGCAGACUCAAAGGACAGUCUCUCAUCAGACCAUGGUACUAAGGACAUGGAGCUACAGGAGCAGUGGUUGUCCCAGGUGGAGAUAAUAACCCAUGUCGGGCCCCACAGACGCCUGUGGAUGGGGCCUCAAUUCUCCUUCAAGACCUACCAGAAUGUACACAAUACCACGGUCCUAUCCUCCAACUCCUCUGCUCUGCUCUCUCAGAGUCCCGAGGCCAACGUGUCUGCUAUGGACAUUGUGUCUAAUGAGGUGGACCUGGAAAGUCUGAAAAUACAUCCAGCUCGCUCCAGUCCUGUUGCCAUGCCAACAGCAAGACCAGCGUACCGUCGCUUAUCAGGCAGUGAUAGCACCCCACCUCCAGGGAAAGGAUCAUAUAGCACAGCACUGCUUAUAGAGGCUGGAAGUUUUGAACAGUCGCCAAACCUAUGUGAUGUAUACAGUAGCUGGGCAGAGUCAACAGUUGCCAAGCAACCAAGAGGAAGUGAGGAGGAAGAGGAUCGAAUCAAGGAGACACUAGCGGAGGCCAUGUUGGAAUCCCCAGUGAAAGGAGGCGGUCCAUCUAGUAUAAGUAAUGAUGUAUUUGUCGGAAGCAAUGACAAUCUGAGCACCAGCUCUGGGUCCAGCACUGGAAUGCCUUUACCAAGAAGUGCAGAACAUGUAUUAGACAACGUGUUCCCCUCUACUAACGGAUCCUUGGACUCCUCGAGCUAGCUUUCCAUUGAUGUAGUCAAUCAGUUUUCUUCUUUGUUCCACUGCCAUUGUUCAUGCCAGUGAUUUAUUAUGUUGAUGUUAGAUUUUGAAAAGCGUUAUUUUUCAGAAAUCAAGGACAGUGAAAUUACCAAACAUUCAGUAUCUUAACACAUGUGAAUUGCUAUUAAAUUAACACAUUUGAACCAUGUCUGUUCAAAACGGUGUCCCAUGAUGACUAACGAUUUACUGUGUAGUAGAAAUUCCUGAAUUACACAUUCAGAUCAUACUCGUUAGACAUCUAGUCCAUUUUAUUUUUGUUGAUUUUGUAUUGUUGUUCCUUUCAUACACAUAACGCGAUCGAACUUCAAGUGUCGCUUUAUCAAAUAAUGAAGCACACAGACUUUUCAUUUGUGAUAUUUCUUCCUUCAAGUUAACAGUCUAUGAUUCCUUAAAGAUAACAUUCGUGAAGUUGAGUCGCUCGCAAAUCAACCAGCUAGACACUGUACGGUAUACUUUAAGAUAACUGAAAACCUACUAGUUAUGCAAUUACCCCAGUUUCAACUCUUAAAAGUAGAAUUUAUAGAUCAGAGGGGGUUGACCGAUUUUUGUGUUUAUGUUGAAGGUGUUAAAUAUUGUAAUGUAAAUGUUACUAUUGUUUUGUUCCUGCCAAGAUUUUAAUGCCUGUGUUGAUAGUGUUCAUAACUUACAUUUACUAAAUAAUACCACUAAUGGAUUCCAAUAUUUUAUAAUGCUAUACACUUGUUUCUAAACUUCUUUUAUCUUAUAGUUUGAUUGGUGAAUAACUACACCUUUUGUACAUAUUGUAUAUAAAUGUCGUCUAUCGUUACAACUGUGUGGGGCAUGCUGAAUUAAUUUGCUGUAUCUUAGCUGCUUAUUAAGCCCGUGUUCCUUGACAGACAGAUAUCAACUCUUUAUGUUAAAGCAUUGAAAUAUAUGGCACAUUGAACAGCAGAUCAACGGAUGGUGGCUUAAAGAUUUCCUUUCCAAAUAAUUAUUUGGCUUACAUAAAAAUUAAUCAUUGAUGCAAAAGUCAACACUUCUAGUGUGGAUUGUAAACAUUUUAAAUUCGAAAUGUGAAAAGGCUGUGUACAUGAUUAUUGUAUAGUGGAUGUGGUGACAUUACUAUAUAUAUAUUGUUCGACUGUUAUUCUUGACGCCAUUACCCUUUAGUCCUGUGUGCCUUUGUGUAACUUUAAGGUUAUAUAAUAUGUUGUUCAAUACAGGCACAGGUUACACCAAUAUUAUAAUAAAAUGUGAUGCUUGUAUAUGGUCCAUCCUUAAUGUACUCUUAGUACCACGUCACAAAACAAAAAUGAAAUUCCAGUGUUAACUUUGCGAUGUACUGUAUGAUAGUAGACAGUUCAAGUAAAUUGUCAACCACGCCUUUAAAAAGGGUUUUUCAAAAACUGUUGGAUGUUUAAGAAUUCGUACACUAUUAAAUAAAUGUUCGUGGUAAUGCUGCUUAAGUCAAUGUGUUGCAUGUGUUAUCAGGUAAGUUUUGUCGCGUUAUAUCUCAAACUAUUCCUAAUGCAAUGACGAUAUCAAGGUGUUUAGUUCGCAAAUGUACGAGGGAAUUAUUUAUACUUAUACAUAACAAUAAUUAUGCAUAUUUAUCCACAGUAACAAAUGUACAUUAUUGUAGAAUAUAGAACUGAGUUGUAAAUAUGAAUAUAAAAUUAUAUGCUAAAAAUGAAUUACAUAUAUGGAAAGGGUUCAUGAUGGUACAAAGACAUACAUGUGUUAGAAGUGCUAAAAAUAGUAUUUUUACUAAGAAGUAAAUUGCACUUCCCUGAAAAAUACUUCUUAUCAGGUUUUUAUGAAUGGGAGUAUAAGUUAAGUUUUUAAUAAAUAUGUAUCUGUGAUGUGCAUCCACUACGUAAACAGGAAAAUAAUUCCAUUGACCUAACCUUGCUCUGGGAACAUUUACAGAACGAAAAAUAUGUGAAGAAUGUAUGGAAAUCAUUACUGCAUACUGAGUUUGACCCCCUUGUAUGGACAAUUAUAGGGGACCAUUCUGGUAAAUAAACCUGUCUGUUUGUGCACCUAUUAUGGUAUAGUAUAUACAAGAGUCGAUGAAACUGUGUAAAUAAAGAAUUUAUAUAUUUGUGAUUAUAUCUUCAAGUAAUGUAGAAAACAAUUUAAACUACGUUUGUGCAUUUUGAUACAUGUGAAUGUGCUCAGGUUUUACUAUGUCCGAUCUCUUCAAUAGAUUAGCUCAUGUGAACUGUUUUAUUUUAAUAUUUUAUCCCCUUUGGAUAUUUUAUUUAAUGGUGAUGCUGGCUCGGCAAUGAUAGCUAUAAUGUGUAUGAUAUCUGGUUUGCCUGUUAUGGUUGGAAAGUUACGAUUUGUGGUCCUCAUUGUAUAUAGCGCUUAUGUUAGUUUUUAUUGUAGAUUUGAUUAUAAGUUGAUUAGAAAAAAAGUAGUAAUUUACACAAUUUCUUUCUUUCUUUCUUGUUUAUCUUGAUAACCAAAAUAAUGUUAUUAAGUAAAUGGGAAAUCAUGAUUGUAGAAAAUAUCAGUAUUUCUGACAAUACCCACAGUACGUAGCGUUGAAUUCUAUACAAUGAUAUCAGCAAUACGGAGUCUUCGUAACGUGUUGAUAUGACUGUACCAGUCGAUAUAAAUAACAUUUCAUAAUGAGCGAUAAAAUGAUAUCAUUUACGCUCUAGACGUUUGUAAAAAUAUUGACAUGUUAACGAAAUCCUAACUCUAUAUAGCUAACUCAAAUUGAUUUAACAAAUACAAAUUUGGACGAUGUAUAUAGCUGCAUAUAGACUACUUAAAAGAGCACAAGGAGAAUAAAAGUACGUGUUCUAGAAGAGUAAGCCAUGCAAACCUAGACUUGCCCUAUUUAAAGUUGAUUACUGAAAAGGAAAGUUAGUUGGUAACUGCAGAAUCGAUAGGCAUAUAAUUAUGCAGUUCAAAAAACAACAUUUUACAUUAUACUUAAUUCAAUACUGUAAAUGAAAUCGUUUCUCUUACUUUAUUUUAGCGUUUGGUAGUUUGGAAUAAGUUCCAGGCGGGUAGAGUAGGCUACGCAAUUACCAAUGUCAAAAUCAUUUAUAUUUAUAUAUUGAACACUAGAUAUCUUCUACUUAGAACAAUGUAUAUUUAGCACUUGGUUAUCUUCUACUUAGAAUAUGUAUUAGUUAGUUGUAUAUUUAUCAUACUUGUAAUCAAAACGGUGGUAGUGUAUCCAUAAAUCAUUUACUUUCAAUUUGCAUACCGUGUAAUUAUGCCUUUUUAUAAUUUUUUUAAUCGUUUUUACAUUGUUUUAGAUCCAAUGAUUAAGUUUUCUGAUUCCAUUAAUUUCAUUAGCGUUUGGUUGAAACUGAGAACCAUUGAAGUGUUUUUGAUUACAUACGAAAGAAUUUUUAAUUUCAUCAUUUUAAUGAGCAAACCACAAUGAAGACAACAUCAAACUUUCAGCACAUACCACGUUUUGAUUUAUUGGUGGCGUCAUUCUGUUACUUUUCCUUUAUGUAUUGUAUGAACAAGUUUCAGUAUUUCACUUUAUACUUUUUAUUUAGCUUUGUUUCAUUAGCCUGGACCACAUAUAAUAUCGUCAGACUUUCCUCCAUAUGUCAUUGUGAUAUAUGUUAUAUAAUACUAGUAAGCAUGCAACGAACGAGUAUUGACGGUGAUGAAGAUAUGAUCAAAUUUGGUUAUUUUACAAUCCGUAUUUUAUUAUAUUGAUAUUAUUUUCACUAUAUGUUUGCAUUGGAUUGAUUUACGAUAAUCGUCAUUCCCAUCCCAGUAGACGUUGGCAAACAUGUAUACGUUUCAAAUAUGUUCGUUUCGAUUUCAAUAAAAAAAAAACACAAUACUUUUGAUUUUUUCUUAAUAAAA